UCCGACUCCGAUUCCUCUCUCCACCACAACCACAACCACCACCAACACCACCAAACCAGUCCACUUCGAUUGGAUUAAGCCCCCCUCAAAAUGCCUCACAAACACAAACGCCGGCAAAAAGACGCCGACACAUACGACCUCCCGCCCACGCGAAUCGCCAAAUCCCUCCCCGUCCGCGACCCAACCGCCACCAAGACCCAAAAAACCGGGGGCCCCAAGAACCACAACCGCAAGAAACCCGGCGGUGUCGCCCGGAAAGAGCAGACCCAGACCAAGGCGGCCACCAAGGUAUCUCCCAAGAACGCGGCGGCGGCGCUGGCGGCCACCUCCCGCGCAAAAUCCGCCUUCGAUGACGAUGACACCCCGCGCGCGUUCCGACGGUUAAUGCAGCGCCAACAACAACAGACGCAGGCUGCGGCGCAGAAGAGGCGCAAGAAUCAUGGGGAGAGUGAUGACGACGAGAAGGAGGAGGAGGAGGUUGUGACGACUAGCAAAAGUAAUAAGAAGCGCAAGCGUGGCGAGGGGGAUGGUGGUGCUCUGCAGCAGCAGCAGCAGCAGCAGCAGAAGAAUAAGAAGAUGGCUACUACAGCACCAGACUCAGAAGCGAAGGAUGCAACGGCGACAGCGGUAGCAGCACCGAAGAUUCUGCCCGGGGAGAAAUUGUCGGACUUCGCCGCGCGCGUCAACAGGGAAAUGCCGCUGUCCGCGAUGAAGCGCUCCAAUAAGCCCGCGGCCGCGGAGCUGGUCAAUAUCCGCGAGCACAAGGUUACAAAGCACGAGAAGCAUCUGCUGCGGCUGCAGGCGAUGUGGCGGAAGGAGGAGGCGGAGAUUGUGGAGAAGGAGCGGGCGCAGCGCGAGGAGCGCGAGGAGGAGAUGGACGAGCAGCUGCAGCUGUGGAAGACGUGGGAGGCCGAGGCGGGCAAGCGCAAGGCCAAGAAGAAGGGGUCCGGGAAUAAGAAGCGCAAGGAUGGCACGGGGGAGGUUGUGGAUGAUGAUCCGGAUCCGUGGGCCAAGCUGAACAAGCGCGAGCGCGUGAACAAACAGCUCAAUCCCCUGGAUGUCGUGCAGGCGCCGCCGCAGCUGACCAAACCGAGGGAGGUCUUCAAGAUCCGCGGCGGCGCCCGGGUGGAUGUCGCCAAUGUGCCGGCGGCGGUGGGCAGUUUGAGGCGCCGUGAGGAGUUGGCGACGGAGAGACGCAAUAUCGUCGAGGAAUAUCGACGGCUGAUGGCGGAGAAGAGGAAGGCAGCCUAGAUAAUGGACUGCAAUUUCACCUUUCUACUUGGGAGCGGAGUUGCUGUAGGCGUCGCGGUGUGUGAAGAGUGUGAAAAGACAAUAUCCUUAUUGCAAAAAUGCUUUUUAUGUAUAUACAAAAGAAUCCCUUAAUGUCCCGUAAUCCCUGG